UGUUUCUCUACGUAUGGUGGAGUGUAAAUUUUAGUUCCAUUCGCCUGCCCGCUUCGGUAAAGCAUUGUGUCGAUGCUAUAAGAUGUGCAUGACACUCUUGGCAUCGUGCAUUGCAAGAUAAUCGUAAAUUGCUGCGUAUAAUCACCGUCGUCACUAGUGAAUUCGUCACCCUUUAACGAGUUGCCAAGCGAAAAGGACACAUUCUUAGUUUGUCGCCAGUUCAAUGGUUGCGCUUCGGGUGAGAUUUUCCCAAUGCUGUUUUUCGUGCACUGCCGAUUGCUGCUAGAAAGAAAAUACGUUCCUCCAUUCGGGCGACUUUGCGUCAACAUCGCAGCAUGCCCUGUGAAAAGUGUAACGUGAAAUUUGGCCUGCUGACGCGCAAAAGGUCCUGUUACGAAUGCCGCCGCCUGUUUUGCCGGGACUGCCUCUCCAAACGGCAGGACCGAUUCUUCUGUCCCAGCUGUACCAUCUUCACCAAACGGCCCUUGUCGCGUAUCGAUUUGGCCCAGCUCAAGGUGAAGGACCUGAUCUUCUAUCUGCAGUCGAAGCAUAUUUCCACGACUGGUUGUGUUGAAAAAGACGACCUAAUCAACCUGGUGAUUGCUCAUGUAAACUCCGGUGGAAGCUCUCCACGAACGCCCGGUGCAUUCAGCGCCACCUCAUCGACGAACGGAUCCGCCUCUAGAGGGUCCUCGCGUUAUGGAAGCUUUUCGCAAAACGGUGAUAGGAAUUAUUCCAAUACGUUCGAUCACAUAAGAAACACGUGCCAGAAUUUGUUUUCCUCGUUUUCCGACAGAUUCCAAGGAGAUUCUCCCGUAGGAUCAAGGAAUGAACGACGAUUUACCGACCAACCCACAGCCAACGGUAGUUUUUCUCCACAGGAAGAACAACGUCACAUUUCUACUCAGCCCCGAUUCGGCAGUAACAAUGUGUACCACAGUACGGAUGCCAGUGAGCGGUCGGUUAACGGUGCUAAUGGUCAAACGGUCGGAUCCGGAGGUAUUAGUGAAGCGAACCAAAGAACAAACCAGCCGCACGAUGGAGAAAGACCAAAUGUACAGCCAAGGACUGGUGGGGUUAACAGUAGUGUCAGCAGUGGUCCUACUUCCAGUGCCGAUACGAGUGCUGCCUCUUCGUCCUUUUCGUCGCCGAUCCGAGGAGCUGAUCCACCAUUUCGAACUGUAAUAGACAGUAACACUUCCCAGACAGCACUGAACGAUCGAAUCGAAAGUAUUCUGGCACUAGAGUCUGGCGCAAAUGGCUGUGAAUGUUGUACGGACGACGAGGAGGACGGGCGAAACGAAGGUGCGAUGCCCGAGGCGCCAAUCGGUGACAUUCCGUCCCCGGUGGUCGAGAAGAGCGAUGAAGACAUUCCUCGCCGGUCGAAAUUCGCUCGCCGAAGUGUUUCCCAUGCUAAUCUGUUGCCCUCACCCGAACCGGCUGGGCCGAGUCAGGAGGCCAUUUCGGACAGUGUGCCGUCGGCGGCAGCAACACCGAAGGAGGGUCCCCCUUCGAAAAGUCAAACACCAUCGUCUUCGUUCGACGACCUUCUCGGGGAGGGUAGCAGCAGCAAUGCUGAUCACGCGAUUGCAGCCGACACGCUCGCGGUAACAACAACCGAAACCGACGCCCAGAUGACCACCGCAGCUUCGAUGGACGACACGGAGCAGUGGCAAAUCAUCAAUACCUCAGAUGCGAACAGCGGUGGUGGUGGCGGUGGUGGCGCUGACGUUGGUACGGCCGAUACCGAAGGCAUUCCAGCGGUCGAUGUUACCGAAGCGAAUGAUGCCACGACGGUUACGAUCUACGAUGCCGAAGAGAGCAGUGAUAGCAUAAGUAACUCGGAGACGAACAAAUCAAAACCUGCCGCCCCCAUGAUGAUGCCGGUGGCGGGCGAAAGUCCCAUCCAUCCAUCGCCAAGUGUCGUGACCCGGCGUCGCUCCGAUAGCUAUCUGCUUUCGCUUCACCCGAAACAACAGCGUCCCGUUGGGGCGCCAAUCGUUGGACAACUGUUUGGGGGACAUCCGUUCACUUUAGGUCGCGCCAACGAAAUGGGUGUCCCCGGUGCAAGGCUUCCGGGACCGGGACUGAACAGCACCCUCAGCACCGAUGCAAUCCCCAGCUCUAGUCAUCCUGCCAACCACACGAGCAUGUGCUUCCGCUGUGGCAAACGCCGCAACGGUAUCCGGCGACAGUUGAAGAAGUUCCGUCGCCAGCUAGAGGCGGCCACCGGUGCGUCGGAGGCGGAAAAGCGCCGCCAGCUGGAAGCAUUCCUUAACUAUCUCGAGCGGCGCAGCAAGGGUUCGUUUGAGCUGACCGAUUCGGAAUCCAUCACCGAGGAGGCGAGCGUAAGUUUGGCGGAAGAAUCGACGAUCCCGGGGACGAGAGCCGUCUUGGAUGGGGCGGUUGCUGCGGCCGACGUCAGCGAUAGUCACGAGUCAGAAGCGGGAAGGGCCACCAACGGGAUAGUCAACAAUAGUAGAACCAGUGGGCAAACGUCUUCGAAUCGGUUGCCGACUGACGAUACCACCGUCUGUGUGAACCUUUACUCGUCCGGUAAUCAGCAGCUGGUCAAUAUGAAACAAAUCAAUUUGAGUGACAUCAAGGAAAGUGCGGACCUGGACGUGCUGUCCGUGAAGCAGUUAAAAGGAAUCCUGAUGGUAAACCGGGUCGAUUUUAAAGGUUGCUGUGAAAAGGCGGAACUUCGAGAAAGAGUGCUACGCUUGUGGCGCGAUUUUAAGUCCAUCCCAUCUAUUGAAAAGCUUACAUCGGAUGAUCUGUGCAAGAUCUGCAUGGAUGCUCCGAUCGAGUGCGUGAUUCUCGAGUGCGGCCAUAUGACAACCUGUACCGCCUGCGGUAAGGUGCUUACCGAGUGUCCCAUCUGCCGUCAGUACAUCGUGCGCGUUGUACGAUUCUUCCGAGCCUAAAGUAAGCGCCAACCGUCUUCAUGUGCCGCGUUUAUAGACGUGGAGGAUAAGUAGACACAUUUGUUUUAUUAGUUUGUGAAUGUUCCUUUCUGAUCGUUAUUAAUGUUUGAAAACAACAAUUGUUUUCCAUCAACAAACCUCUCUAGGAGGUUUAUUCGUGACUGGAAACACAAAUAGCAGGGAGUUUUCUUUGGCGAUAAUUAAUUUCCUUGAAAUUGUUCAACCUUUCUCUACGCUACGAAAGGUAGUUUCUCGUGUUCCCUAGGCUGAUACGGCACCAGGGUCGACUUGGUGAAAAUCUAGUUAAUUUGUAUGAAUCCAAUUCAUCCGAAUGCAAGAAUUUAUGUUUUUAAUUUUACGAAUUUAAUUCAUCCAAUUGCGCGAGACAUUGACGUACACUACUGCACACACGGGUGUUGUUGUAGACACAAGUGGUCGUUACCCGUUUCACUUAUUCCAGUGCUUGUGCGGCACACAAAGGACAAAUAAAACUGUAACAUUAAGACGCCCGGAAUAGGAAACCCGACGAACAACAUAAACGAAAAAUGUGAUCUAGUUAAUCUAGGAUUUAAAAAAAAGAAGAGAGAAGAAAACUUAAAUCAACACAUAGUAGAACGUGUAGAAAAUGAGGAGUAAUUAGCGAGCUUACUCAGA